GUUGCACUUAGGUCGGGCACGUCAACAUGUCGUUUAUUCCUUUCCGUUGGUGCCCCUGAACUCCGAGUUCUGUGGCAUAUUGGGGAUUAUUUUCCCGCAGUUUUGAUGGCGAAGAAAAUGUGCGUCGUUGUUUGACAGGCCUAUUCACUGUUUACAUAUUUACAUCAAUUGUUAAUUUAUAGAUAAAUGUAACAUGUGGUUUUUGCAUUAAUUGCGUAAGAUGUAUAAUAUUCGAUGAACAAUGCUUGUUGAGGGAAGUAGUGUUUUUGAUUGAACUGGACUUGCUGACAACCAGCGUUUUCGUAUAAAGAUUAGUGUUCUGUAUGAUUUAUUCCAGAGUGUGGAUGGUCUCAUAACCAAUCAUAGAAAUGCCACUUGACAUAGUGUAUCCUCAGGGGUGCCGUCCUGUUACAGAUGAUUUAGGGCCUGAUGAACUCAUUAGGCGACUUAAGACUCUAGCCCAUACCUUACAGGCUAUGGGACAAGAUGAAGGGAUGUAUCAGCAAUACAUUCCAUUGGCCUUACAUCUGGCAGAAGACCACUUUCUUAUGCACCAGAGUCGUGAUGUGCAAUUGCUUAUAGCAUGCUGCAUAGCUGAUGUUCUGCGAGUUUAUGCACCUGAGGCUCCCUAUAAAGAUCCAGAACAAGUUAAGACUAUUUUCCUGUUUCUGAUAAAGCAGCUCUCUGGAUUGAAAGACCCAAAAGAUCCAGCAUUUAAGCGCUACUUUUACUUGUUGGAGAACUUGGCAUAUGUAAAGUCUUUCAACAUGUGCUUUGAGCUGGAAGAUUGCCAAGAAAUAUUUUGUGCUUUAUUUUCACUGAUGUUUAAAAUUGUGAAUGAUGAACAUUCUGGGAAAGUAAAGAGUUUUAUGUUAGAUGUACUCUGUCCCCUGAUAACAGAAUCAGAUAUUGUCUCUAAUGAGUUGUUGGAUAUAAUUCUUAUGAAUGUAGUAGAACCAAACAAAUCUCAACGGAAGAAUGCAUAUUUAUUGGCGAAGGAACUUGUGGUCAAAUGUAGUGAUACUCUUGAGCCCUAUAUUCAAACGUUUUUCAACCAUGUACUCAUUCUGGGUAAAGAAGAACGGGAACUGGGCAUUUGUGGGAAGGUUUAUGAUCUGAUUUAUGAAUUAAAUCAUAUAUGCCCUAGUGUUCUUCUGGCAGUUUUGCCUCAGUUAGAGUGCAAACUGAAAAGUUCCCAGGAAAAUGAACGUUUGGGAGCUGUAGCUUUGCUAGCUCGCAUGUUCAGUGAACGAGAUUCAAAUUUGGCCCGGCACCAUACACAAUUGUGGAAAGCUUUUCUUGGGAGAUUUAAUGAUAUAAGUGUUGCAAUUCGCAUUAAAUGUGUCCAAUAUUCCAUGCAUUUUUUAUUAAAUCACCCUGAACUUCGUAAGGAUAUUACUGAGACACUGAAAUUACGCCAGCAUGAUUCUGAAGAAAAUGUGAGGUAUGAGGUGGUAAUGGCUAUUGUUACUACUGCAAAGAGAGAUUUUGAAGUAGUGUCGGACAGUGAAGAUCUCCUUGAGUUUGUGAAAGAAAGAACAUUAGACAAAAAGUACAAGAUUCGGAAAGAAGCUAUGUCUGGCCUUGCGAUGAUUUAUAAGAAGCAUUUAAAUGAUGCUGAUGUUCCACAGGCAACAAAAAAAGCAGUUACGUGGAUAAAAGACAAGAUUUUACAUGGUUAUUACAUGAGUGGAAUGGAAGACAGGUUACUUGUUGAACGCCUUCUAAAUACUUGCCUGGUACCAUUUCAAUUACCUGCUGAGGAGAGAAUGAAAAAGUUAUAUCAUUUGUUGGGGACAAUUGAUGACCAUGCCACCAAGGCAUUUAUUGAAUUACAAAAACAUCAGUUAGCUGUAAGAAGAAGUGUGUCAGAAUGGCUUGAGCUUCACCGCCGGCCUCAUUCUGUGGAGCGAGAUCGAGAAAUAUCAGCUAAAAUUAUGGUUUUAUCUCGAUUUUUACCGGAACCUGUGAAAGCCCAAGAGUUCUUAACUAAGUUUUCUGUAGAUUUGUUACGUGACCAACAACUAUUGCUUGGAAUGGAAAAUAUUGUCCGACCAGAUAUUAGUUGCAAGGAAUGUGCUGACACUACGAGCUUGGUUUUGAAGAAAUUGGGCCAACCUGUCAUGACAAAUUUAUAUUACAAUACAGUGAAGAUGCUAUUGGAGAGAAUUUCUUCCGUCAUGGUUGAUCAUCAAGCCAUAAAGAUACUUGUUGGUUAUAUUGAAGACUGUCUCAAAGGUGGAAAUCUUAUAGAAGAAGUAGGUUUGCAUCCAAACACAGCUGGCGAGCGAGGUCUUAAGUUAUUAGUGAUGUUGUCAUUUGUGUUUCCAUCACAUUUUCUUCACGAAGAUGUUAUCAGACACCUUAUGUCAUUUCUUGAAUAUGAAGAUGAAUCUGUUGCUCCUUUGGUGCUAUCAGUUCUCACGUUCCUUGGGAAAUAUAAACCCAUUGGGGAACUUUUCCCAGAUAUUGUAAGAGAACUUGUUCCUGUUUGCAAGAAAUUUGCCGAAGUGGGAACACCGAAACAAGCAAAACAAGCAAUUCGAUGCUUAUAUAUAAAUAUGACUCAGGGACCUGAUGCUGUUUUUACAGAAAUACUGGAGAAAGUGAAAGAAAACCUUACUCCUAAUUCAGAGAAUUAUAGAACAGCAAUUGUUGCUCUUGGGCAUAUUGCUUACAAUUUACCAGAUAAAUAUCCUGUACAUAUAAAGAAUAUCGUAUCAAGAAAAAUUGUGAAAGAACUCCUUGUGAAAGAAAACUCCGUAAAUAGUUCGGGAUUUGCUGAUGACUGUGAUUGGUGCAGAGAAGACGAACUUCCUGAAGAAACAAGGUGUAAAGUGGAAGGGAUGAAAACAAUGGCUCGGUGGUUACUAGGAUUGAAGGCUGAUGUAUUGUCUGCUCAGAAGACGUUCCGCAUGCUGAAUGCUUUUAUUGUGAAUCGUGGUGAUUUGUUGCAGCAAGGAAGACAUAGUAAAGCAGAAAUGGCAUGGUUAAGAUUAGCCGCGGGAUGUGCAAUGUUGAAGAUCUGCGAACAGAAGGGGGUUGGUGAUCAGUUCAAUGCUGAACAAUUUUACAAUUUAUCAACUUUAAUGACGGAUGAAGUAAUUCAAGUGCGUGAGAUAUUUGCCACCAAACUUCACAAAGGUCUGGGAAGAGGUAUCCCACAUAAAUGUUUGCCUUUAGAUUUCAUGGGUUAUUAUGCCUUGGCUGGUUUAGAAACAGACAAAAGGCUAAAAACCAUUAUGAGACAAUACAUGGUUACAGAUAUCAAUAAGCGGCGUGAAUAUGUGAAAAGUAUCAGCAUGGGAACAAGCUCAGCAGGUGCUGUUGAAAAGGCAAUGCCGCAGUUAACUCAUAUUUUGCCUGAUUAUAUGCUAGUUUUUGCUGUACCUGUAUUAGCCCAUGAUCCUGAAUUUACAACAUUUGAUGAUGUAGAUUACUUAAACAAAAUUCGGCAAUGUUUAUGGUUUGUUCUGGAGCCACUUAUCACAAAAAAUGAUAUGUACUGCUUUGGAUUUUAUAAAAAUCUCAUUGAUAAAAUGAAACAUCACAAAGAUGCAAUCAAAGGGGAGGAUGAUACAGUCAAUUAUAAACUUUGGGCAGUUUGUGAUCUUGCGAUGGCAUUGAUUCUGUCCAAAUCAACAAAUUAUGAUCUGAAAGAAUAUCCCACUGAGGCCCGCAUCCCAACAAUGUACUUCCGUCGUCAUGAGGAUGGGCUUUUUGUGAAUACAAAGAUAUAUAUACCUGUGGAACUGCAGUUCCAACCUCCUAAGAAGACUGGUUUACCACUUUCCGUACCCACAGAAAAUAAGGGAGCAAGGAAAACAAGAGGAAGGACAUUAAAGCAAGAUAAAGGAGUUGGAUUGAAUGAAACUGAUGUUAAGCAAGAGGAUGGAGCUGAUUGCAUUGACGCAGAGCCAUCUGAAGCAUCAGAAACAAAAAUACAACUCCCUGGUAUGGAGGAAGAGUCAGAAACUGAAUGUGGGGAACCUCCAGCGAAACGGCCAGCGCUGGAUAUGAGACAAAAAGUGGAAUCUGUGUGACUUCUUCAGAACAACAUUUCUUCAAAGAAAACAAUGGAAUGUAGUUCCAAAAUGAUUCUGAUCCCUUCAAGUGACUCUUGCUUGGGUUGUCCAGUUUCAGUUGUACUGAUUUGAAUGGUGAGCAUUGUGUGCAGUACAGCAGGAUCUCUAGUCAGGCUGCUAUUGCUACAAUGACUGUUGAGUGUGUGUGAACAAGAAUCAAUUGAUUUGCAAAUGAACUUCAAAAACCACAUUGUGUUUGGAGUGGCUGACGUCUGAGAAAAAGCAUUUUAAAAGUGUGGAAUGAGCUUAGUGAACGUAUGUGUUAUAGAUAUAGGAACACAUCCAGGAGGAAUUCCUUGCUCUGUGUUGCAGUUUUUCAGAGAAAUGAACUCUGUUGAGAAGGUAAUUGCUGUUGUAUUUGUUACAAGCAUUAUAUUGUUAAGAAGGGAUUUUUCCAGAUUAUUGUGUUUGUUAUCUUUUUAUUAUUUUUUUUUAAUUUUUUUUUUACAUUUGUUUCUUCUCUACUCUCUUGUAAUUAUAGGAUCAAAGCUACUGCCAGUACACCUGCUGUGUCUCUAUUGGUAGUAAAUUAGCUAUUUUGUAUCUUUAUACAAAUAUAAUUUGUACACAUCAGGCAACGUGCAAAUUUGUGAAGGGCAAUUCACGUCUCAGUGGUUAAUCGAAAGCUACUGCAAUCUUUUAUCUUCAGUUUUGCAACAGUUCUUCUAAUGGCAAUUAACUUGAUGCACUUGUAUGCAAACGUUAUCAUGAAUGAAUUUGUCGAUCUUUAAAUUUCUUUUUUAAAAUCAAGGUUUUAUUUUUAAAUAUAAUUUUUCUUGCGAUAAUUUUGAUAUCUUGUUUCUCAUCACUUGUAUUAUUUCUCAGUGAUAUAAUCUAGAAUGCCAAUGAGGUGACAGUUGUUGCCAUGCGUAUUAUAGUGAUAACAAGUUUUGCUGUACUUCUUUCUUUAUAUUUUAAUUCUGUUCCCCAAAACACGUUUUGUAUAUUUACUUUUCAUGAGAAGGCUUGUAUUUACUAAAAUAGCCAUGUAUUGUUUCUUAAAAGCAGUUUGAACUGUAUGAAAUGUAUAAAGACUGUGUGAAUAUGUGUCAGUUUCAUUACCCUAAAAAACAAGAGUUACUUGAAGGCGAGUGGAAGACCUUACAGGGCAAAUGAAAUGCUGGCAGCAGUAACAAAUUCACGAUCGAGUAUUUUUUAGAUACUUUAUGACUAAGGACAUUAUACUAUAUUUUUAAAAUAUGCAUUUGUACUGUUUGUGGCUCCAAGUGAUGUAAAAUGAAUUUUUUUAGUAUGUUGUGCAUGGGAUUCUUAUUUAUAUUCAAUUAGAAUAUGCAAAUAAAAUCUAGUUAUUUUUUGAAGAGCUUAUUGCUGCCAAGCAUUCUUGGUUCUAUUGGAUUUUUUCUUGUUAAUGUGUGGUCUAGAAACAGUUGCAAUUGUGCAUACAACUUGGCACCUUGCAGGAACUUUUCAAAAAAGAGAAAAUAGGGGAAAAAAAGGAGGUAUGGUUUGCAGCACGGAGUUAGCAUGUAGUAUUAUUUCAUUAUUUCUGAAAUUUAUUAAUAAAUAUAAAAUUUUUGUCCAAAUUUGUGUAGUAUUUUCAUUCAAUAUGCAUAUGUCACCUUAUCAAUUAUUUCUGUGGGCUAUCAUCUGAUAGAAUU